GGAGGAGGAGGAGGAGGAGGGGGGUUUUAGGAGGAGGUUGUAUGAGGGUUGUGAGUUGAUUCGGAGGUUUUCGAUGGAGGAGAUGGGGAUGUUCUUGUAUAGGAUUUCGGACGCGAGAGUUAUCGGAGUUGGCAAUUUGUUAGCAUCGCAGGGAUGCGUGUCACUCACUGAAGGCGAAAAUGGGACUAGUCUCCAGGGGCAAGUGACAAUUUGUCAUCCACCAGAAGUAGAAAACAUUACUGAAAAACCUACUGAAGAACAGGCCUCAGAUACUCUUCUCAAAGAAGGACAAGUAAUAGAAGAACUGGCUCCAGGUUCUAUUGAUAAUGGAGGUGAAUAUGCACAAACUUCACGAGGCAUUUCAAUACAAAGUGCUGAUGGAUAUGAGAUGACAUCGAGAAGCACAGAGAACUAUCGACAACCAGAAAUUUGGAGCUUCUCUCAAGGAGUUUCAAAAGCUAGACCAGUUGAUUAUGAGGCAGCAUCUGUGUUAUAGGCCAAGAAGUUGUGUAGAAUCUUGGUUUAUAGGGAGAACAACUUUCAUGUGUAGAUAUUUUUUUUCUUUAAUAAUGAUAACGUGUUUUUUUAAUAACGAGAAUAUGUAACAUUUUGUGUUAGUUGUAUGUGACAAGGUCUAUCAAGUUAACUGUGAUGUUCAUUGCUCCUUU